AUGGACGACCCGACCUCGACUCCCUCCCAGCAGCAGAAACGCCCUCGCGUGGCCGAGGAAAAUCGCAAGCGAGCAGUCCGAGCAUGUGACGGUUGUCGCAGAGUGAAAGAGAAGUGCGAAGGUGGUGUACCGUGUCGCCGGUGUCUUCGCUAUCGCCGACAGUGUAAUUUCACUCAUAUCGAUCCGACGGAAAAGACUCGCUCAACGUCUGUCUCAUUAUUGGAUCGGGCAGCUUCGCUGAGUCGACAUGAGAUCGCAGAGGCGGAACGCGUGCGCUGCAUGGAGCGUCUUCUUUCCUAUUAUGUACCCAAUCUUACAUUCGAUAUCCAGUCGUUGCGCCAGGCGGCCGACGAUCUGAAGACCAAACACCGCGAUUCGGAGUCCGAUGCGGUUUCCACCAAGGUGGACGCCAAUGAGCUGGAAGACUUGGCCAUUGACGAAGAAGAUUUUACUAUCAAGGCUCUUCCAGACAACACAACCCAAUAUUCCGGAGAGUUCUCAUAUCUGAACUUCUCGGAGAAGAUCCGAAAGAAAAUCGAUGAGUGGAUGAAGACAGCUGCUCCGGAUGCCAGCACCGAAGUCGAGCCAUUCGAAGAGCGAUGGCGAGCCACACAACUUCAGUCCGGGUCACCUUUAGUAUCGGCAUCGAUUACAUGCCUUCCUCCACGAUAUGUAGCCGACUUUCUCGUUCAGAUCUUCUUCAAGUACGCGCAGACAAACAACUUCUAUGUGGAAGAAGAUUGGCUAUGUGAAAAACUAAAUUUCUGCUAUACGAACCCAUCCGAGCUAUCUUCCGAUGAUGCAGGCGCAGUCUGUGCCAUUCUGAUGGUACUCGCCGUUGGCACUCAAUUUGCGCAUAUGGAAUCGGCAACACCAGUGAAUAUUCCCACAGAUGCUGCGCAGGACCAUCAUUUCUCAGAGGAUGAGGUCGGUCUGACUUUCUAUCAAUUUGCAUCGAAGCUCUUGCCAGACAUUAUUGCUACUGCAUCUGUACGAAGUGUGCAGGCCUGUUUAUUGAUUGGAACAUAUCUUCUUCCUCUAGAUACAUCAGGACUGUGUUAUACCUACUUCGGUCUGGCUCUCAAGCUUGCUAUCCAGAAUGGCAUGCACCGGAGGUAUCAUGGCGAGGGACUGUCAGCGCGAAUGAUUGAGGUCCGAAACCGUGUCUUCUGGACAUCAUACACUAUUGAAAAACGUAUCAGUAUUCUUCACGGCAGACCGGCGUCACUUGCUGAUGCCGAUGUUGAUGCUCCAUUCCCUAUCGAUUUUCCUGGUCUGAUGCCGGCCUCGCAACCUUCCAAUCAUACAAAUAUGAUAGCCUUGAUAACGCUAACUUUGAAACUGGGUCAAGUCUCCAACGAGAUUACCUCUCUGCGGACAUGCCCGAAAGGUCAGCAGCAGGAUUGUCUCGAAAGGUUAUUGAACAUUCGCAAACACCUUCUUGAGUGGUGGUCGACUUUGCCAGAAGAGUCGAGUUGCCGUGAUCUCAACCCUGGAGGAGUCUUGUUCCGAUCCAACGUCCACCUCAAACUCGACUAUUGUCUUACCCGGAUUUUCAUCGGCCGUCCAUUUCUCUUCAGCAACAUCAAGGCCCUAUCUCAAACACCUCUUGCCUUCAAGGGUCCAUCUGGAAUAUCGAAGAACCGCGCAACUCUUGUUACAGACUGCGUUGAAGCUGCUCUCGAAAUUAUUGACCUGUGUCGUCUUCUUCGCGAUGAGACCGGGCUUGCCCGUGCCUCUUUCACUGAAUUCAGCUCUUGUCGUGCGGCACUCCUUGUUAUCUUAGCACAGGGAUUAACAAAGCGCACCGAGCGUCUGGGUGCGGCUCUUGAGCAAGGCAUUUCUCUAAUCAAGAUCAUGUCAAUGGGCGUUGGGUCUGCUCGCUCAGCCGUCAGCGUCAUCGAAGCCCUUGAACGAGCCAUUCGCCGACUCGAAAUGUGGAGCGAGUCCCAACAGACCCAGAGUAACGGAAACAGCAUGGAAUCCGCAUACGACCGGUUCAAGAACUGGGAGAUGCUCUGGAAGACCGGACCUGUUUCACCAUCCACCAUGGCAUGGAAACAACAAGAAGCUCUCGCCAACGAUUCCGCUAUACAGCAAGGUGUGAACCCACACUCAACUCCCGGGCCAUCUGCUGCUGGUGCCGUUGGCUCGGCCAUGUCCAUCACAUCACCCAGUAUCCCUCUACCUCCUGGAGCGAGCGGCUCUGACUCCGGCAUUGGUGGGCCCGAGCAGGAUAUACUGGAAGGCGACAUACCCAGUGGAGGUCUGCCUGGCUCCGACAACUUUUCGCUCUCGCACCAGUCCCUUUCUCACAUGCCUCAUUUCGGCUUCGAUCAUUUCGUCUCCAAUUUCCCGCAAGAACUGGGCGAAUUCACUGCUAUUCCAUGCUUUGAGCCAGACAAUCAAGGGAACCCCUCUGGUCUUGUGAAUCCCGAGCUUAAGACUCCUUCGGGGAGUGCCGACUCGCAUUGGCUGCAGUUCAUGAAUGAGUGA